AAUUGCUGAUAUAGUUGGUUAGUGAGACUGUUCCUUAUAAAUUGAAGCGAACAUGAGUGGCAAGGUUUAGUUGUUAAACGUCUGCUAACUAACUAGUCUCGAUUAAUGAGCUAGUAAAAAUCCUUAAAUCGAUCGAAAAAAUGUACGGGAUACGUUUGCUUGUUGUCCUGACAGCGUGUCUGUCUAUCGUCCUAGGCGACACUCGUGUACUAGAUCAACCCGUUCCGUUCGCUGACGAGAAUUACAGACUGCCGAUCAACAUUAAUCCCGUCAACUAUAACAUCACAUUGCGUCCCUAUUUGCUGGAGAGCGAUGGCGACAGGCGUUUCCAGUUCGACGGUGAGGUAUACAUUGAGGUGAAGCCAACUGAAACCACAGGCACAAUAUCGCUGCACUCCAAGAGCUUGACUUACACUAAAUGUGAAUACUGGACUAAGACGACGGGCACCCCAACGCCUCAAAAUAUAACCAUCACUGCUCCCAACAAUGUUACCGAUAUAUGGGCGAUACCGCUAUCAAGCCAGUUAACAGCUGCUAAUUCCUACAUUUUUCAUUUUGUCUACGUCGGUCUUAUGGAGGAUGACAUGCACGGUUUUUAUCGUAGCUACUACACAGACGACAACAAUCAAACCAAAUGGCUUGGAUCUACGCAGUUCCAAACGAAUCAUGCGCGUCGCGCCUUCCCCUCCUUCGAUGAACCUCAGUUCAAGGCUACAUUCGAUGUUACCCUUAUACGCCACAGGUCCUACAAUGCUGUGAGCAAUACCCGCAGAAUUAGCUCCUCAUCUGCAAAUGGGGAAUACUAUACAGAUGUUUUUGCAACAACGCCAACAAUGUCUACUUACUUGUUAGCUUUCAUCAUUUCUGAGUUUACGACGCGUACAGAUGGUGUCUUUGGCGUUCUGUCGCGUCCUGAAUUCUACGGACAGACUCAGUACAGUUUCACUGUCGGUCCUCAGAUCCUUGCUAAGCUGGGAGAAUACCUUAACUUAAGUUACUAUGAUCUUGGUAAUGACAAAAUGGAUAUGGCUGCUAUACCUGAUUUCUCAGCUGGUGCCAUGGAGAAUUGGGGUCUGCUCACCUACAGGGAGCGCAGCCUGCUCGUUGACGAGUCGGCUACCACGCUCGCUUCCCGACAAUCUAUAGCUGCCGUUGUAGCGCACGAACAGGCUCACAUGUGGUUCGGAGAUCUUGUCACCUGUCAAUGGUGGAGCUAUACCUGGCUGAAUGAGGGCUUUGCACGCUACUUCCAGUACUUUGGCACCGCUUUUGUUGAGACAGAGUGGGAUCUAGACAAGCAGUUCGUCGUCGAUCAAAUUCAGUCUGUCAUGAGCAUGGAUUCAACGAAUGCCACAAAUCCGCUUAGUGACGAAGACACCAACACACCAGCUGAUCUCAGUCGAAUGUUUAACAGCAUUUCCUAUAACAAGGGUGCCUCCUUCAUACGAAUGAUCGAGCACACAAUGGGAUCGGAUAAUUUCCAAAAAUCAUUGCAGAAAUACUUAGCAGACAACCAAUAUAAACCAGCAUAUCCUAAGCUUCUGCUAGACGCUUGGCAAUUGUACUGGCCCGAAAACAGAUUUAAUUCCAGCUCUGAGGACAUAUUCAACAGCUUCACUACUCAAGUUGGAUACCCUCUGAUUAACGUCGAUUUGGCUCAAGAUGGGCGAAGUGUUAAAUUCAGCCAACAACGAUUUUUGCUUAAGGACAAAGAUAUUUCUAAUUCCAAUCUUGCCUAUUAUGUGCCAAUCACUUACACGACCAAUGUAGAAAAGAACUUUAACGAUACUUCAGCCAAGUUUAUCCUCAAGCCCUCCGAAACGAAGGAAGAAACUCUAAGUCAAAACGCUAGCUGGAUAAUUGCCAAUAUUCAGGAGACAGGUUACUAUCGUGUCAACUAUACAGAGAGCAACUGGAAUGGUAUUCGAAAGGCACUGUAUGAGUCGAGCUGGGGUGGCAUCUCCGAGCUAAAUCGGGCACAAGUGGUCGACGAUCUGUUCAACUUGGCACGCUCCAGUGGUAUUACCUACGAUUUGGCAUUGGGUGUGUUGGAGUACCUGGAGACAGAGACUAACUAUAUACCAUGGACAUCGGCGUUCAAUGGCUAUAACUUUUUGGCCAUACGACUGGGAACAGACACGGCACAUUUUGGCAACUACAUACAGCAUCUGACAUACAAGGUCUAUAACCAACUGGGCUUCUACGAACUUAACACAGACAGAGCCCUGGACAUUUAUCUGCGCACCAAAGUGCUCUCCUGGGCUUGUCGCUAUGGCAGUUCCGAUUGCAUCUACCAAGCUAAGAACUACUUUAAGUAUUUGGAUUCAGUUCCAAAGAACAUUCGCUCAGUUGUUUACUGUGUAGGCUUACGUGAGGGAGGCACAUCAGAGUUUGAAUCCUUGUACAACAAAUUCAAAAAAGAAACAGUGGCCACCGAAGAAACUCUGCUACAGAACUCGUUCGGUUGUGUGAAGCAACAGGCUCUGAUUGAGCGUGUUUUCAAAUUGGUGAUCUCUGAUGAGAUCCGCAGACAGGACAAGUCCUCUGUGCUAAGCACGCUGUAUACAGAGAACAAUGAGAACGUGAGCCCUGUUUUCAAACUGGUCACAGAACAGCAUGAAGAAUUGGCCGAAGCCAUGGGCAGUUAUUCCGCUGUUGCGACGGUUAUUUCCAACCUUGCUGCACGCUUCACUGAAGAGUCACAGAAAAAGGACUUGGAGGACUUCACCACCAACAACAAACAUAAGUUCGGUAGCUCUGCCACCACUCUCGAAACCGCUGUGAAAACAGUGGAAGAGAAUUUGGUGUGGGCCAACGAAAAGCUGGGCACUUUCCGCACAUACCUCGCCUCCCGCAAUGGCGCCGCCACUAAGAGCGCGUUCACCGCACUUACCCUGGUACUUCUGGCCCUGGUCACACUAUUACGCUAAGAAGUAGAUAAAGGAGAUAAAGCUACGAGCAAUAUUAUAUGUACAUACUACUCGUAUAUGUGCGAGGAAGUCAAAAUCUGUGCCGUGCACUUAAAUCCAAUAAAAGUAUUUUAAAUUUGUACAACUCA